AUGGCAACAUCCCGUUUGAACUUUUCCACUUUCUAUAAUAUCAUCAAUGGCGAGCACUGCGGCUCUGAUAAGACAAUCUUCGGUGUUGAUCCUUCUACAGAGUGCAGGCUAUGGGGUGUUCCGGUGGCGACGGCGCAUGAUGUAGAGGAUGCUGUGAAGUCUGCCAACAACGCUUUCGAAGCCUGGUCCACGACACCUUUCGAGCAGCGAGUGACCAAGCUAGCUCAAUGGAGAGAGCUCUAUGAAAAACAUGUCGAGGACUUCACUAAGCUGCUCAUGGUGGAGUGUGGGAAGCCGCGCUCUGUAGCGGCCGGCGAAGCCAACGAGGUACUCGCCCUAUUCGACCACAACCAGAAGCUUCGUAUCCCGGAGGAACGCAUUGAAGACGACACGCGCAUUGCCAUUACGCGGCAUGUGCCAGUCGGUGUUGUCGCUGCUGUAUGCCCGUGGAACUUUCCCCUGGUGUUGUCCGUGGGGAAGAUCCUGCCCGCGCUGUUGACGGGGUGCUCGAUCAUCGUUAAACCAUCCCCGUUCACCCCCUACUCGGCGCUGAAAAUGGUUGAACUGGCGCAGCAGGUAUUCCCUCCUGGUGUCGUCCAGGCCAUUGGUGGCGAUGACUCUAUCGGCCCGGCACUCGUCGCUCACCCCAAUGUCAACAAGAUCAGCUUCACCGGCUCCAGUACUACAGGGAAGAGAAUCAUGGCCUCAGCGGCUGCAACACUCAAGAGAGUGACUUUGGAGCUGGGCGGUAAUGAUCCAGCGAUCAUUUACCCUGACGUGGACGUUGAGAAGACUGCCCAGGAAGUGGUUCAGGGCUGUUUUGUAUUCUCAGGCCAGGUGUGCGUUGCAACUAAGAGAGUCUACGUGCAUGAAUCCAUUUACGGACCGUUCCUACAGGCCAUGGUGAACGCGGCUUCCCGGAUCAAAGUGGGCAAGGCGGACGAUCCGAGCACCACGAUGGGCCCGAUGCAGAACAAGAUGCAGUAUGACAAAGUCCAAGAGCUGGUGGCCGACAGCAAAGCCCAGGGCUACAAGUUUGCCCUCUCGCCGCGUCCCAGUACCACCGGCGCAGGCUACUACCUCUCCCCAAGCAUUGUCGACAACCCGCCUGCAACUGCCCGCAUUGUGGUUGAAGAGCAGUUUGGCCCGAUUGUGCCGGUCCUUAAAUGGUCGGAUGAAGAAGAAGUCAUUGCUCGCGCCAACGGAACCCCGUCAGGCCUGGGAGCGUCCGUGUGGACUGCCGAUCCUUCUCGCGCCGAGCGGGUGGGCAGGAAGAUGCAGGCUGGCAGCGUCUUCCUGAACUCGUGGGCCAAGACGACGCCACGGGCGAUGCUAUCAGGGCACAAGGAGAGCGGGAUUGGGGGUGAGUGGGGGUCCACGGGGAUGCUUGAAUACUGCAACGCACAGGUCGUGCAUAUCUUUAAAUGA